AUGCAAGAUAUCGACGAUCACGUACCAGACGAUGAGCCUGCACAGGAACAAGCUCCACAAGAGGAUCAAGUGCCUCCAUAUUUUCGUUCGUUUUUGAAGACAUUUGAUCUAUGCAGCGGUGAAAGCAGCAACGACGAUAGUAGUGAUAGUAGCAGCAACGAUGAUGACAACAUCAGUAACAACGACAACUAUAACAGCUGUGAGGGUGGCAAUAGUAACUAUGGUAGCAGUGGUGACAACAGUAGUGGUAACAACGACUACAACAGCAGAGUGACCACAACAACAACAACGACGACGAUAACAGCAGCAACGCUUGGAGAAAUUUCGAUUCUUUUUCCAGGGAAUGAAUAUGCUAAGCUUAUCAGGAGGGUAAACCAACCUAGAGUGGUGAUUGACAAUAAUGCCUGUGAGGAUGCCACUAUUAUCCAGGUUGACACUGUUAACAAACAUGGUGUUCUCCUGGAAGUGGUCCAAGUGCUCACUGAUAUGGACCUUACAAUAACAAAAGCAUACAUAUCAUCUGAUGGAGGAUGGUUUAUGGAUGUUUUCAAUGUUGUUGACAAUGAUGGCAACAAAAUCAGAGAUAAGCAAGUUAUUGAUUAUAUCCAAAGGAGAAUCAAAACAAGUGCCGGCUUCCUGCCUUCGCUGAGAAGCUCAGUAGGUGUAAUGCCUUCGGAAGAGCAUACAUCAAUUGAACUUGGGGGGACUGAUAGGCCUGGUUUGUUAUCUGAAGUAUGUGCAGUCCUUGCGAACCUGCGUUGCAAUGUCGUAAAUGCCGAGAUUUGGACUCAUAACGCCCGUGCUGCAGCUGUAGUUCAUGUGACAGAUGAUUCGACGGGCCGUGCAAUCACCGAUCCGAAACGUCUCUCAACGAUAAAGUUAUUACUUUGUAAUAUUCUCAAAGGGAAUGCUGACUUGAAAACAGAAAAAACAACACUUUCAGCCCCGGGUCUUAUGCAUAGGGAGAGAAGGUUGCAUCAAAUCAUGUUAGCGGAUAGGGACUACGAAAGGGUGGAAAGAGCCGGAGUAAGGGCAGCUGCCAAGGAGGCCAGCUCAAGACCCCAAGUCAGUCUGUUGAAUAUUGAGAAUGAUUACACUGUUAUUACCAUGAGGUCAAAAGACAGGCCAAAACUAUUGUUUGAUAUUGUCUGCACUCUGACGGAUAUGCAAUAUGUUGUUUUUCAUGGAAUGGUCAACAGAGCAAGGAUGGAAGCUUAUCAGGAAUUUUACAUCCGACAUGUUGAUGGGCUCCCGAUUAGCUCUGAAGCGGAGCGUGUCCGUGUUAUACAAUGUCUUGAAGCGGCCAUCGAGAGGAGAGCAUCUGAGGGGUUGGAGCUAGAGUUGUGCACAGAAGACAGACUUGGAUUGUUGUCUGAUAUUACCCGGAUUUUCCGGGAAAACAGCUUGUAUAUCAAGAGAGCAUUAAUUUCUACUAAAGGUGGUAAGGCCAACGACACCUUCUACGUGACGGAUGUGACGGGAAAUCCGGUGGAUCCCAAGAUUAUUGAUUCAAUCUGUCGACAUAUAGGAAGGAGUGUACUGCAGGUGAAACGUAGCACAAGUGUUGCGCCGAAACCACCUCAACAAGAGACAACAGUGGGUUAUUUAUUUGGAAACUUGUUCAAAGCUCGUACUUUUCAGAAUUUCAAGUUAAUUAGAUCUUACUCGUGAUUUCUCUACCUGUAUAGUUGUAUAUUUGAUGUAGUAUCAGCUCAGAAGAUAUACACGGGGAGCAAGCAAAGGAAAAAGAAAACCAUGUAAAGUUUACC